AUGUUGCAGUCCGAGUACUUUAGUUACAUCAUCAGCUCACUGCCCGCCCGAUCCUCCAUCAACCAGCUGCACCGCACUCUCCCGUCACUUCGGCCCCGAAUGGCGACGGCGACCGCAGAGGCCGACUCCAAAGAGUCCUCUGCUCAUCCUCAUCCUCAACCUCAGCCGCAACCUCAACCGCAGGCCCAGACACAGGCUCAGAACCCCGAUCCAAAGCCAUCCUCCCCUUAUGGUUAUCUCUUCGGCCCAGACAAGGCUCCAACACCGAUUCUCGAUGCUCUCCUUCGCGCUAUCGCCCAACAUAUUAUUCGCGAUAUUGGCGAUAGACAUGUUCAAGCCUUGACCCCCCAAAAGCUGGCAGCCUUCUAUAAGGCCGUUGGUGGUAACUAUGACUCCCUAUUUGUCGAUAUGCCAUUUCCCGCCAUAUCCUACAUUUGGCAGGUCACCGGCUGCCAGCACUCCAUGCAGCCCUCCGACAACGACUUCGACGCCCCUUCCGUCCCAGCCUUGACCCUUCGUGGCUUCGUUCGAUGGGAGUCGAUCGAGAUACUGCUGAGCCCCGAGGAACACGUACCUUUCAUCCAGCAGGCCGUCAAGAGCUGGAACCUGAAGCAUCCCGAGACGGGCGAACCCUUCCCCCCAGAUCUACCCGCAGAUGCACUGCCCAGCGAGCCAGACGCCGGAAUCGAGAAAUGGCACAAGAAAUGCGCUGAAAAACUGAGGAAGGCAGCAGUGCCAGACGAGGAGCCGGCAUCACCAAAGACUGCCCCUGCUCGCCCAGCAGAAAGAGACGAGCCGAGAGUGAAGGCAGCAUACGUGCACGUCCGAAAUCCCUACCCGCCCAAGGGAUCACCGAAGCCCUCACCUCCGCCUCGUGGUCCUCAGGCAGACUACUUCGUUCCGCCAAGCCGACCACCAGUUGCUUACAGCCAUGUUCCUGGGGGUCACGCCGCGAAUCGGUACCCCCCAUCUCGCCUCAAUAUUCCCCAGAGGACCCCAGACCAAGAUCGAUUCCGAGGACAGAACUCUCCUGACGACCGUCGACGCCGCAGCUUUUCCGACUACCCGUCUCCUCCACAGGAUCCGCACGCCAACCCUGAGCACUUGCAUCCCAAUCGACCGCCCAUGCAACCCCGCCGACACAGCCAGCCUCGACACUAUUCUUCGUCCUCAACGUCUGAUUCCGAGGACGCGGCGAGUCCGCGAUCUAAACGUCGCCCUCAUACACAUCAUUCAAACGAGCCGCCACCACCCGGUUUCCGUCGUAUGGGCGCUCCCUCGAUACCCCAGCCGCCACCUGUCACUCGUGUACAUCGUGCGGAAUUAAGACCAGAGGAUGCAAGGCGUCGUAGUAUUCCAGUCGUAGAUGGCAUCAGGGAAAAAAUCAGCGAGAAAGUGGCGUCCAUUCUUCCCACUGGACGAUCACCAGAAAGACAUCGAAGCACCUCCGGUCGUCGAAGCGAUCCACCAUCUCGCCGAAGCCGAGAGCACUUGCCUUCAUCUAGGCUCAACCGCAGUUGGCCCGAUAUUGCAUCGGAGGACUCGGAAGCUUCAGACUCGGAAGAAGAGCGCCGCCGCCGAUUCAAAGCCCGAGAACGUAGGGAACUGGAAGAAAGAGAGCAACGGGAAAGGGAGAGAGCUAGAGAGAGAGAUCGCGGUCGAGAGCGAGACCGUAGACGCGAAAGAGAAAGAGAAAGAGACCGUGACAGAGACCCAGAACGCGAGCGUGACCGUGACCGCGUCGUGAACUGGGAGAGAGAAGAAGAUAUGGAGGCUCGUAAGCGAAGGGAACGGCCGGUCGUGCGGCCUGAAGCGACACGCCGAACGAGUAGCCAUGCGGAUGUGGACCGCAUGCGAGGAAGGCCUGAGCCUCCAUGGGAUCCUCGGGAUCCCCGCGAUCGGGAACUGAGAGAUGAUAGAGAUAGAAAGCGAUGGAGAGAGCGCGGGGGAAGCCCGGUCAUCUCUGGCGUUGGGGGGCGACAAUACCCAGCUCCGCCGAUGCGGAACUAA